UUUCCGACAACAAGGAACUCUUAUAUGACAAGGAUACAAGUUGAAAACGUCGAGCGACUGACACAUCGGUAACAUGUAACAUUUUGAUGACUAUCAUGCUGGAUCAAGUUCGGCAUUCGUUUUUUAUGUGUCUCAUCGCGAGUCAGCUAUCGGGGUAAGAUAGUUUGAAGAUGGCUAGUUUUCUGAACCUACAAGGGUCACAGGGGUCAUUGGAGCCAGAAUUAGCAAAUGGACACCAUUACCUUGCUCCAAAGACCAACGAGAACAUGUGUGAGAUUUGUGGUGCAGCACUCGGAGGAGAACAGGAUCUUCGUUUCUGUCAUGUCUGCAAAAAGGUGUUGUGUGUUUGCUGUUCCGAGAUGCAGGAAAAACUACUGUUCAUGAGGAAUGAUACGAAGAAGACAAGGGGAGACAACUGUGCACUGUGUGACCUGUUACGCACUAUCAGUGGUGAAGAAAAUUCAACCAGUGUGACAGGUGGGGAAAGUAUCAUCCAGUAUCAAAAUCAUGGCCAUGCAAAGCAGUCCAUACUGACUGAAACAGAAUCUGAUAGAGUACCACAGGUGUUGGACAAGGUGACCCCUGGAGAUUCAAAAAGCGACGAUACAUUUACGGUCAACUCUACAGUGGUUUCUGCAAAUGAUGGGUCAAAGGUUGGAGUUCCAAACUCCUCAGAAACAGAUCAGGACCACAGUAAAGAUGGGUUGUUUAUGUUAAACUCUGACGUUCUAUCUGACCAACGGCACAAAAUUGAAGGGAAAAGUGACAAAAAAUUGGAUUCAGGUCGAAAGGAUGGACAACGGACAACACUUGCCAAAGGUCAAGGUCAUCUACAGUUGACAACUCCAGAGGGAGGUCAAGGUGAUCAGGGGGACAAAUAUCUAGAUAAAGGACAGGGUGUUAAGCAAAGGACAGCUCUAGACAGAGGUCAAGGUUAUCAGGAAAGGACCGCUCUAGACAGAGGUCAAGGUGAUCAGGAAAGGACCGCUCUAGACAGAGGUCAAGGUGAUCAGGAAAGGAUCGCUCUAGACAGAGGUCAAGGUGAUCAGGAAAGGACAGCUCUAGACAGAGGUCAAGUUAACAAGCUAGAGACAAAAACACUGAACAGAAGCAAAAAGAACGGGCCAAUUGUGACUGCUGUCAUUGGAGAUUGUCCACAGACAUCUAUCCUGCCAGAAAUGACCACUCAGGCAAAAAAAGAUGACAGAAAUCAAACAAAAACUGACAAAACUGCAGAGGUCAACACAACAAAACCUAUUGUAUUUAAACAAGAUAGUAGUGUCUCGGAUAAAAAAGAAGUAUCGGAUAGGUCUAGUGUUUUAUUGUCUAAGGACGAACAAAACAUGGCAGGGAAACCUGAUGAUGAACAUUUUGAAAAAUAUUGGGACAAUAUGGAGGCCAAAACAUCAAGAAAAGGUAAAAAUUUUAGUAGUUCGGACAGAACAGAGAACACAACUUUUGAAAAAGACGAAACUAUAACUGGAAAACCAACCCAACAUGUUCAAGUGCUUAAAAAACAAAAUUCAGAGUUGGACAGCUCAGUUGCAGAAUCAUCUGAAGAUUUGUCCAAGUUACCGGGACCAAACAGUACUAAUCAGUUGGCAAGGAAUUUCAUCGAUGAUGGUGAUGACUUUGAUGAUGACCCAGAAGAAGUGGAGUACGAUAAUUUAGGAUUGAAAGAUUAUAGGGAGCAGCAGAAUCUACUGGGUGAUGUCCUUAAAGAAAUGUUUGUGAUUGAAACGUCUAGAAAGGAUCGCCCUCCGCGACAGCCUCGUAGGCCUGAAACGAUGAAGAUGGCAGUCGUAAUGCUGACGCAACCGGGAAAGGUUACUAGACAGCAGGACGAGUAUGGGAGAGAUACGUUAACACAGCAGUAUCACUACAGUAACAUCCUGGUCGUCGAGACAGGAAACCCUUCACAGUUACGUUCGGAGGGAAACUCUCCUCUUGCUUUGCCUGCAGUAUCCUCACCCGAUCCUUCUUCGCAGGAAAGCAUACCACACCUGAGACAGGAUCCUCAUAGUUCUUACUUUCAGAGUCUUUCAAAGGAAAGUGCCAAAGGAAAUCAUUCCGGAGUUUCAGCUGACAGAUUUUCUGAGGAAAAACCUGAAGGGUACACCAGCGGAGACUUUUCUGGCGCUCAGUAUGAACACUUAUCUAAGCAUACCAAUGAAGCAUUUCGUGGAGUUUCUCAUCAAGGAGGGAGCCCCGUGGGCCAAACAGGGGCAUCUGACACUCUUCAAAACGCUGUAUCGGACUAUUACCCAGGGCAAACUGUUGCACCUGUGUAUGGGAAGGAGAGUCCUUCUCGAUCAGAUCCAGGAUCAUCAGACAUUGACAGCAAGGUCUCCGUGGUAACGCAAAAGCGUUCAAAAAACCGACACAAACAAGCCUUCACGCACGCCUGCUCUGGCUGUGGUAGGAGGGACUGUGAAGGAAAUUUUAUGAAGCUUCUGAGAGAAAUGAUCGUCACGGCAGGCAGUGCUGGUUUCGAAAUUCGUAAUGUGAUACCUGAUGGGAAUUGUAUGUUUGCUGCGAUUGUGGACCAGAUGGAGUUAAAGAAAAAUUUCUCAUUCAGUCCAAAGUCUCUUCGAUUUGAGUGCCUGAAUUUUCUCCGGGAUAAUCCCGAGAGUGAGGACGGCACUCCCUAUGCAUUGUUUUUAGAUGCAGAAACCUGGGACGAGUACCUGUCUAGGAUGAGUCAAGAUGGGGAGUGGGGAGAUCACAUGAUGCUACAGGCUAUAUCACAGGUGACAAAAAGAAAUAUUCAGGUGAUUCACCAUGAUGCAGAACGAGACUGGACAGUCAUUGAAUACAAACUGGACACAUUAGAUAAAUCAGACAAGACAGACUGCCUUUUCCUUGGUCAUGUUGGAGAGUUCCACUACGUUAGCCUGCGACCGUCGGACCUGGCCAAGCAACUGCAUAAUAAGGAUGACCCUGACAGUGACCAGGAGAACUAUAGAUCUAUGGAUGUUUUCUCUUCCUUACCAAGUCUACCCAGCAUUGACGAUCCUGCCAAGCAGGAGAUGUUUGAGGAGGAUUACUUCGACCCUUGGAGCGAGAUUCCUGCCCUCCACUUAACUUACAUACUUAAGAAGUUUGUCCCCCUUGUUACUACUCUCCAGAGUGCGGACUCGGUGGUCACCAAUGCUGAAAUGCUGAUGGAGGAUGGUAAUUUUACCAGAGUGCAAAAGCGUUUUGGACUUGGAUCUGCGUCGUCUGUUGUGUUAACUGGAGACGCCGCUGAGGGAUUAUAUGCUCCAUAUCUGAAUGAAAGGGAGAGAACUGAGUUUGAUCAAGGAUCGGAAUGGGUAGACGUGACUGGGAUAGUGAUGCCAAACACAUGUAUUGCGUACCCUAAGGAUCACAGUGAUGUGGGCAUGAUGGAUGCCUUCAUAGAAACAGAAAAUGUCCACCCAGGAUACGCCAGACUCUUGUCACGCUAUCCGGAUCAGUGGGGUAUGACCUCCUCAGAAACUGGGGUCAUCAGUUGCUAUCUUCCUAGUCAUCAUUCAAACUUCAAAAAAGUAUUCAACUUGAGCAAAGAGGAAAAAGACUACAGUGCCAGCCAAAAUACUUCUGUUGUUUCAUUAUUCAACAAAAUAUCCUUGGCAAUAGUUGCACCAUUUUGGCCAGCUGUUGCCGAUGAGUGGAGGACACGACAGCGAAAAGCCAAUUGGCCUCCUCAAAACAUCAUUGACAGUAUCAUCGCUGGGGGAUAUCAUUUUGAGUGCUUUCCACACCCAAAAAGUCAAAAUCCAGACAUCGAGUUUCAUGCCUGUUUUGGUGUUGCGGAAAAAAUGCUUGCACAGGAAGCAUUGAGCCGCGAGCAACGCUACAUCUUCCUUGUGUUCAAGGCUUUGUGUAGCCAGGAAUUCACGGAAGAAGACCUCAUCACGUCAGCUCAUCUCAAAAACAUCUUCUUUUAUGCGUGUGAACAGCUUCCAUGUGAUUUCUGGGUGUCGCGUCCAGGUUCCUGUAUUUUCUACUUGCUUGAUGCCCUGUUUACGUGUAUUCAAGAGAGAAAUGUCCCAGACUUCUUCCUGCCAGCCAAUAACCUGAUUGAUCAUUUUGACGAAGAUCAGCACAAGAAGAUACUGCAGAAAAUUAUGACCUUGAGAAACGACCCAAUGUCCAAUUUAUUGAAGAUCGGUCAGAAAAACCGAAUAUACAAUGCCCAUGGUAUCCUUAGUCAGGUGACCAAUGAUAUUGAGCUGUUCCAUGACCAUCACAGUGCCAGGAGGUCUGUUCUAGAAGCGCUUGUCCCCAUCUCAAUUAACAUUGCCAAAUACAGUGUACAUACAGGUGCAUACAAACAGGCACUGGAGCAGCUGCAGGAGGCGUAUGAGGAACGCCUGGCCAUCAGUACGUGCGAGGAUGCUCUCCCUUUCACUGCGUUCCUUACGCAGGCUACUGAUGGCUGUUCUGUUGAGAAACAGUGGUGGUUCUUUUUCAAUGUUGACCAGCAGCUUCACACAACUCUGUGUGCUGAUCUUAGCAUGGCUAUGCAGCCUGUGGCUCUGGAAGAGCUAGUGGGUAAGGACGUAGCUCAAACACAAGUUGGCACGCUAAUUCCUGCGGUAAUGGCACACAAACUUUGUCGGUUCUGCUCCGACAUGGCGACUCAUCUCUUUUCCAAUUACUUCACACAGAAAUGUCUGCCUUUUCUCCUUUUCAACCUUAACCGUUACCGUGAGAAACUACAGAGACUAAUGCUGGGUAAACCUCAGGGUCAACAGCAGUACAACCCCAGGCAACCGUUGACAAGUGAGGACGAAGAUGAUUUUACGGAUGAGAAUGCUGCCAGGGUUUUCAACCAACUAUAUAUCGUGUACAAUCGCCUGAACCAGCUGUGGAUAUUUCAGGAUCUCAUACCCGAGUUUGAGAACUUGUGCGAGGUAAUCAACACAAGGGAGGCUUUCUCGAAACUAGUGACCAUAUUAAAACAAAUGGGACUAACAGAAAGGGCCCAGAUGGCAGAAGCAAGGAGAAAUAGUAUUCCAAGGGAGACAACUAGGUCAGGAUACCUUGACAACGGCAACUAUUAUUGAAAAACACAACUGUUAUUUGUUGUUUAACUCAUUCACCACUGAAGACACAUUUGAAUUUUUCCAAUUCAAAUGUUGGAAUAUUUCAUUAUGUAAUUUCAGGGGUGAGUGAGUUAAAAAGCAAUCCUUACAUCUGAAAACUGAUGUCUAUUCUGUCUAUACUCACUGUGAACCACAUACCAUUUCAAGAAAAUUCCCGAGCAACAUGGAUACAUAUCUCAUAUAAGUCAUUUGUAGUUUCUACCCAUUAUGAACAAGUAUUUUUAUGGUUAAUUGUACCAGUAGAAUGGAACAGAAAAUAAAAUGUAAAAAGAUUUGAUUGUGGAUUAGACACUGAAUGUGAUUGAAGGGUGGUUGAUCACAUUUCUGCCUCAAGCAUAGUGAUUAGCCCUUUCACCCCUAAGUAACUUUAGUAGACUCUACCAUACAUUGGUCUGGAUAAGUCCAUUAUGGUCUACAGUGGUGAAAGGGUUAGUACAAUUAGUCCAAACUACAAUUAAGGAUCCCCGUACCACUGUCAAAAACUGUAAUUAGGCAUUAGAAACUGUUUUUUCCAGCAUGACUAUAACUUUGAAAUUAAUUUCUAAAUGGAAACUGUGUUUGCAGAACUUUUACGAAACAUAAUGAAAGAUGAAAUAAACAAAAAAAUAAUCAACAACAGUGUUCUGCGUGUAACAAUUCGGCAGGGCUAGACCCUGGUCUACAGGUCGUUAUACUAUCACACAAACUGAUUGAGUUAACUUGUCAUCGGAAGUGUACGAGUCCAAAUGUGCUCUAUAUACAUAUUUCUAAACAUUUUGGAAAGUAUGGAUUGUGAAAAGAUUCAUGUAGCACAACCAACAAUACUAAUGUGCUAAGGUUAAAAUCAAACGGAAGUUAAGGGGAGGUUACUGUAUAGGAAAAACCAUAGAGCAGUGGGACAGGGAUCCUUAAGGAAGUUAAG